CAGUGAGACCCACCAGUGGUAGUUUCAGACUUUCAGUCGUCUCCGUUAUCUCAUGCUGUUUAUCCUCCGAUUCCCGCUACCCAUUCUGUUACGUCACUCCUUUCUCUCUUUCCCCAAUUUCUCCGUUGAAUUCUCAAAUUUCUAAUCUCUCUCUCUCUCUCUCUCUCUCUCAGGCGAUGAAGGGCGUUGGUUCGCACAGCAACGAUUGGGCAUACUAUCCCUCACCCUCUUCAAAUCUAUCUGCUUUUGCGGCCCCCUUUAGCGUCAAUCGAUUCUCCCCCAACGACGUCGUUUCGGCCCUGCCGUUUCCCGAUUCUGCUGAAUCCGCUCUUCAACCCCGAUCCUACGGCUACGAUUUCUUCUCCAACCCUAUCAGAGAAUUGGAUUCCGCGCCUCCUCCUUCAAAACCUUAUGGCUAUUCCGUUGUUGAUUCCUCUUCCAGUGUUCGAUUGCCUCAAUUUAAGUCUCUAGGUCUGGCUACUAUGGACUCAUUCUCUUAUGAUCAGUGUUCUUCCAAUAAUGGUGGAGAACCGAGCCAUGUUGAUUCUCAAUUUUACUAUUCUUCGUAUGUUCCAUCCCCAAUUCAUGAUCCAGCUCCUUCUGUUGUACCUAAUAAUUGGCCUGCGAUAUCAUCCGGGUUUGCUUCCUUGGAUGGCUCCACUAUUGCUGAUUUUGCUAAGAAUUCACCUGAAGUAGGGUUUAUUGGUCCAAGUGCUGGAUUGUGGAAUCAGUUUGCAGAGUUGAACCAUGGUAAGGGAAUGCAUGUGGGUGUUGGGACCAGUUUCUCCGCAAAUCAAACAAACGUUGCUGGUUCUGCUGUUGAAGAAAGGAUGAACCAAGGAGGUCAAGAAGGGACAGACUCUGUUAAUAGCAAAGUUGCACAAACUACUGGUUGGGAAAAACAGAGCAUUCCUGCUGCAAGUGCUGAUCAUUUGGAUAGUAAAUCUUGUUUGUGGGGAAGCUUCAAACCCACGCCAGUUGAGGUUUCAGGUAUAUCUGUUAUGGGAUCCACUUUAUUACCUCUAGAAACACAUGGUGAGGCUCCUGCGAAAGCUGGUGAUUCAGGGAACUUGUCACGUGUUAGUUCUUACGACAAAUUUUCCAGGCAGCGUUGUGAUAGGCCAUUACGAGUUGAUACAACAUCUUCGUCACCUAUACCAGGUCUGGUCAUGGAUUUGAAAAUGAACAAUGAUCCUACAGAUGGAGACCUUGGAAACAAUAAUUUAUAUAAGGUAAUGGAGGCUGAUCAAGGACUUAGUUCUGGAACUUCAGGUGGCUUUGAUUUAAGUCAUCUCCGCCUGCAUCUAGAAAGAAAUGAACCAUUCUCAUCAAACAAUGCAAUGGACAAGAUCGAUCCAAGGAAUGUUGUGGACUAUAUAUUUAAAGAGACAAAUGGAGUUCAAGAUUCUCAUGUGGAUUUGGAUAAAUUGAGCUUGAGACUCAGUGCUAAUCGGGAUGUCAAUUCCAUCGAGAAAUCUUUUGGCAGUGCAGAUCGAUGCAAUCCUGCUGUAGACUCACCUUGCUGGAAGGGCGCCCCUUCCGGUUACUUUUCUCGUUAUGAAACUUCUGAGACCAAGCCUUUGGAAUAUGUGCAGAAAACUGAGAAGUUCUCUGGUUAUGUUAUUCAAGAGCCUCAGAAUUGUUUGCUUGACACCGACAAUAAUGUGAAAAGAUCAAGUAAAAUUUCAAACAACAAUCAUGAUCUAAAUGAUUUUGUCCAUCAAGAAGAUAUAGAUCUAAGGAAAAUUCCGGCAUUGAAUUUUAAAUAUCCAAAUUGCAAUUCUUAUAAUGCAACGCGUAAUACCUCUUUUCAGUCUGAGCCAAGCUGUAAUUCUGAGGUUAAAUACCUGAAUGGCGUUACUGAAGUGAAGGAAAAAAAUGUCCCACCAGUCAAGCCAAUUCAUCAUCGUGAUUCUAGAACCUCUUGGAUAGAUCAUUCUCUUGUAGAUGAAAACAAACUGCUGUAUCAUAAACCGGAGACUGAUGGUGCUAAUGCUGGAAACAAUAUGAAUGAAACUGAUGUGAGUGCUGGGAGCAAUGUGAAUGAUGAUUUGAAAUGUGGUAUAUCUCAGAUCCCAGAAAAUACCUUGUCUUCUACUACUGUAGUAGAUGCAUCUAAAUCACUUGAAAAGUCUGCUGAGAAAGUAUCAAGUCCAAAAUUAAAUGUCCAAAUGCUGGUUGAUACGAUGCACAAUAUGUCAGAAUUGCUUCUUUUUCAUUGCAUGAAUGAUGCCUGUGAAUUGAAAGAACAAGAUUUCAACGUACUAAAAGUUGUGAUCAGUAAUCUCAAUGCAUGUUCUUUAAAGAAUGCUGAAAGAAUUACCCCUUUGCAAGAAUUUCCUUCACCACAUCCCGGAACUUCCAGGCAUGCCAGAGAAUCAUGCAAGCUUCAACAGAAUGCAAGUUUUGUGAAGCACCAAGUAACCCAAUUAGUACCAGAGAUUCCUAAGGUUGAGCUUGAGAAUCCACUUGUUGAAGAGGCAAAAAACCUGCAUAUCAAAUCUGGAAAAUUAGUCCAACAACUUUCAAGCUCCAUUUCUCCAAGGGGUGAUGCAGAAAUGAAAAAAGAAGAUGAAAUGACUAAGGCUUUAAAGAAGAUUCUUAGUGAGAAUCUGCAUGAUGAUGAUGAUGAUGAUGAAGUGGAGUCUCAAACUUCAGUGCUAUAUAAGAAUCUAUGGCUUGAAGCUGAAGCUUCGUUGUGUUCCAUUCAUUAUAAAGCUCGCUACAAUCAAAUGAAGAAUGAAAUCAAGAGGCUCAAGCAAAAAGACGUGGAAGAUCAAUCUAAUAUAAGCCAAAGUUUUGCAACACACAUUGAUGCAGAUGCAAAUGCUAAGAAUAUGCCUGGUUCAAAAUCUUCUAUUGACAUGAACAAGCCUAAUCCAUUGACACCUGAGGGAAAUACUAGUCAAAACCUGGAUAGUCUUGUCCAGAAUUCUAAUCUUUCUAGCACAAAGAAAGAUGUUGGGAAUGGUGAAGCUUCUGUUUUGGCUAGAUUUCACAUUCUGAGAACUCGAGGUGACAAUUCUCCAUCCAAAGGAAAAGAAGUUCAAACCCAUAUUAAUUUUAGCCAAGAAUCUCCUCUUCUAAGCAAAAUGAAGGUGGAUGAUCAUGAGGCAUCUGUCAUGGCAAGAUUUCAUAUUCUUAAAUCCCGUGUCGAAGAUUUGAGUUCAUCUUCAAAAGACACACUGUUAGAUGGAUUUGCUGACAAAGGAAUGGAUAACACAAUACUUGACGCAAAGGCAUCAGUAGUUGAGAGUUUAGAUGUUCAUGUAAAUCCUUCCAUUGUGUAUCUCAGUUCUUACAGUGCUGUUGACAAGUCAAUUCCAAAGGAGCUUCAACUCGAUUUGGAGGACAGUGAAGAAAUUCAGCCUUGCGAGAACCACAAGUUUGACUACAACAAUCAGCAUCCUGCCGAUGGCUUAGCAUCGGAAUGGGAACAUGUUUCGAGACUGGAAGGUUGUUGAGGGGAAGAGCUUGUAAUAAUAACGUUUUCAAAAUGGACUCAUCAGUGAAUGACCGAAUUUAAUUUCUGUAUUAGUUAUGUUUGAGACAUACAUUUGCAGAAUUUGAUCUUAUUUAUGUUUUUUUCAUGUAUGUAUAUAAGUUUGGUUUCUUA